UACCGUUCCUCGCUGUUGCCAUGGAUACGCACAGUCAACAACCCUUCUUCCUCCCUAAACCAAUGCAGUUCUCGCUAAGCGGCGUCAAACCAACCAAGAAGCUGUUCAAAAAUGAUGGAAAUGACGGCUAAGAGCAAAAAGGUGCUACAUGCCCAGGUUGAAGCUCUCUCGAGAAAAGUCGAACAUUUCAAUAAAACGGAGCUCGAGAGUCUGAUCCUGAUGUUUAACAGCCUUAUGGCGGAGCAGUUCAGCCGAGGGCGACCAGCAAAUGGCCUGAAAAGAGGGAAGUUUCGAGGCUUACUGCAGGGCACUUUUGAGAUGACCAAUGCCGUAAUGAUGGACGGAGUUUUCAGAAGUUUUGACAAAGAUGGCCACGGUGUCAUUAUUCUGGAGGAAUGGAUCAGAGGACUUGCUGUUUUUCUUCGUGGGACUCUUGAUGAAAAAAUAAGGCACACCUUUCGAGUGUAUGACUUAAAUAAUGACAAGUUCAUCUCCAAAGACGAGAUUUUUCACAUGCUGAAGCACAGCUUCAUCAAAUGGCCUAGUGAGGAGGAUCCAGACGAAGGAAUUAAAGAUGUGGUUGAGAUCACAAUGAAGAAGAUGGACCUGGAUCAUGACGGCAUGCUGUCUUUUGAUGACUUUCAAAAAUCAGUACUAGAUGAGAACCUUUUCCUUCAGGCAUUUGGACCCUGCCUCCCUGAUAACACGAUCAUUGCGAAGUUUGAGCAGCUUGCUUUUAAGGAACCAGAGCAAUGAAACAAUUCAUAUCAGUGUAAACUUUCAGCUGUGUCUUUAAUAAAAAUCGUAGUAUCUGCUUGCAA